CAGUAGCGCGAGCUGUCCACUGAGGUAUAAAAGAACGGAGCUGUCGGGCGGUGUUUGUGGGAUUGCAGAAACACGCUAGCCUCCCCCCUCAAAGACAUGAAACGGCUAUGCAUAUGUGAGAUCUGCAGCUGUGGACGCCAUCGCUGCCCCCACCAACCCACAGCUCUGUAUGGAAAGCCCAAUGUGACAUGUGUCCUGACCGAGUACACAGAGAAGUACCCCGCCUAUGGAAGAUACAACCCGCCCCAGAGCCUGAAACCAAAGCCUGUUAACCACGGUGACCGGGGGAGAAUGGAUGGAACUACUACAUUCAAGACUGACUUUAUUCCCUACGUGGUGACUCGACGCCCAGGGAAACAGCAGGCGGAGUACAAACCCAAACCUGGAGACAUAGAUCUGGGGACCACCUACAAACAGGACUACAGCCUUUAUGAGGUCCAACCCUUCGCCCCUUCCAGACCCAGCGAGAGGGUACGCACAACAGGGCACAAAAUGGAUACAGUGCCUACAUACAAAGAGGAUUUCCGACAGUGGGAGAUGUGCAAGCGGGAGCUGAAGAAACCCGACCUGACCUACCACCCGCCAGACGCCAAGUUCGACGGCCACACCACCUUCCAGGACGACUUCCUCUCCCGAGGCCUUGCCCCCAGGGAGAGCUUCAAGCCUUCCAGUAUCCCCAAAAUGUCCGAUACCCCCUUCGAUGGGGUGACCAGUAACCAGCAGUGCUAUGUGUCCCACCCUCUGGAGGCACGCUGGGUGAAGGCUCCAGAGCCCUAUAAACCCAGUAGCCAGCCCCUACAAGACCUCACCACCAACCGAAGAGACUACCAGGGCCUGCCAGGACAGCUGCCCCAGAGCUAUAAGCCUAACCCUGGAAAGGUGACGUCUGACGUUCCCUUUCAGAGCAGCACAGAGUUUAAGGAGCGUUUCCAGCAGUGGCCCGUGUCCCUGCCUCAGCUGCACAAGAGCCUGCAGUACGUCAGCCCCACAGAGCACAUGGACAUGAGCACCACGUCUGGUUCAGUCUACGUCCAACACAACAUCCAGCCCUUCAUCUCUGCCAAGCCCUUCAAUCGGCCCACCAAGUCAUCAGCUCCCUUCCAGGUCUGCACCACCAUGAGGGAUGACUACCAGCCUUGGGAGGUCAAGAGACAGGCCAUGAUCAAGAAGCCUGAGGAGAUGCAGAGAGCCACCGGAAGGAUGGACCACCUCACCACUUUCAAGGCCCAUUUUACACCCCACGAACUGCAGCCCAAUGUGAGCUUCAAGCCAGCUCACGCCCCCUUGAGGGCUGAUGCCCCAUUGGAGAGCGGCACCAUGUACAGCACAGAGUUCACCCCCAAGAGGAUCAGCGUUUGUCCAGCUAGCUACGACUCCCUGCCGGGCUUCGUGUUUGAGGACAGCGACGACAGGGGACACAGGUUCUACAGGAAGUUGCCAUCUAAGGACAUGAACAAGAUGGCUGCCGGCAUGGCGGUGGCUGUGGUGUCAUAACGUUUGACCAUGAUAUUUGGUGACCAAUGCUUUUAAUCUUAAAAAGAGCGUGUGGAGAGAACUACUUUUGUUUGGUCUGUUAUGUUUUCAUUUUAUUUUCCUACUACCUGUAUAGUAAGUAUCAAUGAUGUGAUAAUCAAAUGGAACCAACAAUUAUGAAGAAGUCACAAACAGGCCAUUAUAAAAUAAACUUCCCUGUAUUCUGGUUGAUGCUUUC